UAUUAGAGUUAGUAGAAGUUAAUAAAUCAUUAAUAUUAGUUAAUAAAACUUCUUCUAUAUCUUUAGCUUUUUCUUUAUUAGUAGUUAGAGUAUUUGCUUAUAUAGUAAAAGUUAGAGUAUUUGUAGUUUUAGUUAGA